GGGUUUAUUUGUCGGAGAGGCUCCUGAGCGCUAGGUCGGCACUGCGGUGACUGAACCCAGAAGGCGGAGAACAGUUGCCCUCUGCUGCACAGAGGCGACUCUGGAGCUCUGUGACGGCGCCAAGCGUGACCCACCCCUGGGCCAGGAUAGGGACCGUCAUGCCCAUAUCUCCUGGCUGGUCGCCCUCUCCUCCCAACCCUGCUUUAAACCACGUGGUUCGAUGGCGGUGGCGGUCACGCUGAGGCUCUCUGCUCAGGGCACAGUGACUUUUGAAGACGUGGCUGUGAAAUUUACCCAGGAGGAAUGGAAUCUCCUUAGUGAGGCUCAGAGAUGCCUGUACCGUGAUGUGACGCUGGAGAACCUGGCACUUAUGUCCUCCCUGGGUUGUUGGUGUGGAGUGGAAGAUGAGGCGGCACCUUCUAAGCAGAGUAUUUAUAUACAAAGAGAGACUCAGGUCAGGACUCCUAUGACAGGUGUGUCUCCCAAGAAGGCCCACCCCUGUGAGAUGUGUGGCCCGAUCUUGGGAGACAUUUUGCAUGUGGCAGAUCAUCAGGGAACACAUCACAAGCAGAAACUGCACAGGUGUGAGGCCUGGGGGAAUAAAUUGUAUGACAGUGGAAACUUUCAUCAGCACCAGAAUGAGCACAUUGGAGAGAAACCCUACAGAGAGAGUGUUGAGGAGGCGUUGUUUGCGAAGAGGUGUAAGUUGCAUGUGUCAGGGGAGUCAUCCGUCUUCAGUGAGAAUGGGAAGGACUUUUUGCCCAGGUCAGGAUUACUCCAGCAGGAGGCCAGUCACACUGGGGAGAAGUCAAACAGCAAAACUGAGUGUGUGUCUCCCAUUCAGUGUGGGGGAGCUCACUAUAGCCAUGGAGAUUCCAUGAAACAUUUUAGCACCAAACAUAUACUCAGUCAGCACCAGAGACUUCUCCCUCGAGAAGAAUGUUAUGUGUGCUGUGAAUGUGGGAAAUCCUUUAGCAAAUAUGUUAGCUUCAGUAAUCAUCAGAGAGUUCACACUGUGAAAAGACCUUAUGAAUGUGGAGAAUGUGGGAAAUCGUUUAGCAAAUAUGAUAGCUUGAGUAAUCAUCAGAGAGUUCACACUGACAAAAAACAUUAUGAAUGUGGAGAAUGUGGGAAAUCCUUUAGCAAAUAUGUUAGCUUCAGUAAUCAUCAGAGAGUUCACACUGGGAAAAGACCUUAUGAAUGUGGAGAAUGUGGGAAAUCCUUUAGCAAAUAUGUUAGCUUCAGUAAUCAUCAGAGAGUUCACACUGACAAAAAACAUUAUGAAUGUGGAGAAUGUGGGAAAUCCUUUAGCAAAUAUGUUAGCUUCAGUAAUCAUCAGAGAGUUCACACUGGAGAAAAACCUUAUGGGUGUGAAGAAUGUGGGAAAUCUUUUAGUCAAAAGAGCAGCCUCAUUCAACAUCAGCAAUUUCACACUGGAGGAAAACCUUAUGGGUGUGAAGAAUGUGGGAAAUAUUUUAGCUUAGAAGGACAUCUUAGGCGCCAUCAAAAAGUUCACGCUGGAAAAGGGCCUUAUGAGUGUGGGGAAUGUGGGAAAUCUUUUAGUUCAAACGUGAACCUUAAGAGUCAUCAGCGCAUUCACACUGGAGAGAGACCUUACAAGUGUGGAGAAUGUGAGAAAUCUUUUAGUCGGAAGCCCAGCCUUAGUUACCAUCAGCGCAUUCACACUGAAGUAAGACCUUACAAGUGUGGAGAAUGUGGGAAAUCUUAUAUUUCAAAGGGGCACCUUAGGAUCCAUCAGCGCAUGCACACUGGAGAAAGACCUUACAAGUGUGGAGACUGUGGGAAAUCUUUUAAUGAAAAAGGACACCUUAGGAGUCAUCAGCGAGUUCACACUACAGAAAGACCUUAUAAGUGUGGGGAAUGUGGGAAAUGUUUUAGUCACAAGGGUAACCUAAUUCUACACCAGCAUGGCCAUACUAGAAAAAGGCCUUAUAUGUGUUGGGAAUGUGGAAAAUUAUUUAAGAAGAAGUCUCACCUCCUUGUACACCAGAGAAUUCACAGUGGAGAAAAGCCAUAUGCAUGUGAGGCUUGUCAGAAAUUUUUUAGGCACAAGUGCCACCUCACUGCACACCAGAGAGUUCACACUGGAGAAAGGCCAUAUGAAUGCAGUGAUUGUGGGAAGUCAUUUACCCACAGCUGUGCAUUCAUUGUUCAUAAGAGAGUUCACACUGGUCAGAAGCCUUAUGAGUGCAGUGAAUGUGGGAAAUCUUUUGCUGCAAGCUCCUAUCUCACUAGUCACAGGAGAGUUCACACUGGUCAGAAGCCUGAGUGCAGUGAAUGUGGGAAAUCUUUUGCUGGAAUCUCCAGUCUCACUAAUCAUAGGAGAGUUCACACUGGAGAAAAGCCUUAUGGGUGUAGUGAAUGUGAAAAAAAAUUUAGGAAAAGCUCUUCACUUCGUUACCGUCAGAGAGUUCAUGAAAGAAAGGCCUUAUGAGUGCAGAGAAUGAGUCCAGUCUCAUUAAAUACAGGAGAGCACACACCUGAGUAAGAUCCUGUGAUUGCAGCAAAUGUGGAAAAUGUUUACCCGAAAGAAGUCCGCUCUCCUUGGACAUUGGAGAGUUCACACUAGAGAAAAG